AUCAUAUGGAGAGAUACGUGCCUCCGAUCAAUCCUGCCACUUAUCCUGUACUCACUCUCUUGCUUUUGACCAUCGGGGCAUUUUUUAUGGCAUGGUUUAGUGUAUAUGAAUUAACUGCAAACAAAUUUUCCCGCCAUCCACCUUCCUGGGCUGUGGAACAUUGUUUCUUUUGUUGUGGGUCGGAAUCUACGUAUGAAUUAUGA